UGUUCUGGGCGCCUACGACUCACCACACCAGGGUUUCCCGUCUUCUCCCAGCUACCCACCUCGCAACGGGACCUUGGCCGCUGCUGCUGGAAGUUUACUGCUGCCCUAAUUUGGGUCGGAGCCUCCACCAUGGGAUGGGCAGGGGAUGCAGGGUGCACCCCACGUCCGCCUAUAAGGCCUCGUGCUGCGUCCGAGCGCCGCGUGGUCACUGUGAUCUUCCUCGGCUUGCUGCUCGACCUCCUGGCCUUCACGCUGUUGCUGCCUCUGCUGCCAGGGCUGCUGGAGAGUCAUGGCCGGGAACAAGUGAGACCCCUCUAUGGCUCCUGGCAGCGUGGGGUAGACUGGUUUGCCACAGCCAUCGGGAUGCCAGCCGAGAAGAGGUACAACAGCGUCCUGUUCGGAGGUCUCAUCGGUUCAGCCUUUUCCCUCCUGCAGUUCUUCUCUGCACCACUAACAGGAGCUGCCUCUGAUUGCCUGGGGAGGCGCCCAGUGAUGAUGAUGUCCCUGACAGGUUUGGCCAUCUCCUAUGCAGUGUGGGCUACCUCUCGGAGCUUUGCAGCCUUCUUGGCCUCCAGGGUGAUAGGAGGCAUCAGCAAGGGGAAUGUUAGCCUCUCCACAGCCAUUGUUGCUGACCUGGGCUCACCACCAACCCGCAGCCAAGGCAUGGCAGUCAUUGGGGUAGCCUUCUCCCUGGCCUUCACUCUGGGCCCCAUGCUUGGAGCAUUCCUGUCUGUGGAAAUGGUGCCCUGGAUCAGCCUACUCUUUGCGGUCUCCGACAUUUUGUUCAUCUUCUGCUUCUUGCCAGAGACACUGCCCCAGGAGAAACGGGCUCCUUCUAUCACCCUGGGUUUCCACACAGCUGCCAACCUGCUCAGCCCCCUGGCCCUGCUUCAUUUUGCAGCUGUCACCCACAGUCAAGAUCCUCCUGCUGAAGACAGACUCAGAAACUUACGUCGAUUGGGUCUUGUGUACUUCCUCUACCUCUUCCUGUUCUCGGGCCUGGAAUACACACUCAGUUUCCUUGCACACCAGCGCUUCCAGUUCAGCAGCCUGCAGCAGGGCAAGAUGUUUUUCUUCAUCGGCCUCACCAUGGCCACUAUACAGGGCACCUACGCCCGGCGGAUCAGCCCUGGUGAGGAAGCUGCAGCUGUGAAGCGGGCAAUGUUGCUGCUGGUACCAGCCUUCCUCUUCAUUGGCUGGGGGCACUCACUGCCCAUGUUGGGCUUGGGACUGCUGCUGUACUCCUUUGCUGCUGCUGUUGUGGUGCCCGGUCUGUCCACUAUGGUCUCCAGUUAUGGUUCUCCAGGACAGAAAGGCACAAUCAUGGGCAUACUGCGGAGCCUAGGUGCCCUCGGUAGGGCAGUGGGGCCCAUGGUGGCCGCCUCAGUGUACUGGCUGGCUGGGGCCCAGGUCUGCUUCACUGUAUGCUCCGGGCUCUUUCUCCUCCCCUUCUUUCUCCUCCGGAAGCUGAGACAUCCAGCACAGACUUUCAAGGAGGAGUAGCUGAGCUGCCACACAAACCUGGCUGCCAAGUGGGACCCUGGGCCUGGACCACUCCACUUCUAGCCCACUCCUUCCUCCAGGCCCAGGGAGGCUUGCCGUGCCCCUCUCCUCUCAGUAUGGCACCCCAGCAGGAAGUCUGGGCAGCUACACCCUCUUCUUAUUCCAAAGCCUUUUGGGCUUCUGAUUGUUUUUAUCUGUCAUCCUUCUGAAUGACCAAUAAAGCAGUUAUUUUGUACC